AUGACCGCACAAUCGUGUCAUCCACGCAUCGGUUAUGACUGUGCUCAGCUCAUGUCCAAUCACUACCCGGAACGUUUGGGUCAAGCAAUAUGCAUCCUUCCGGGGCCAGUGUUCAAAGUUGCAUGGCAAGCAAUCAAACCGUUUCUUCCGCCGGCCACUGUGAACAAAGUCACUAUGAUUACUAGUAAAUCUCAGCUGAAAAAUGUGCUAGAUAAGCACUUUUCCCCAUCAAUGGCCAAUUGGAUCUAUACAGAAUACAAGUUGAAUCGGAAAAAGCCGAUCCGGUCGCGUUAUCGUUCCUUUUUCUCCCCGCCUCAAGAGGCUCAAAGUGAUCACGAUCCGCGAGGAGAACUGUCGUAUGUACGUGAUUGGAUUGAAUCCAAACACCCGUCCGGACAUCAGCCACACCCAAAUAUGUCCGAAUUUCUGGCUGGUAAACUGAAACAUCAACUAUCUAAUUCCAGUUCCUUCUCCGAUGCGAACGGUUUUGCCGGCGAGGAUGAAGAGGAAGACGAGGCUAAUGAAAUCGACGAAGCAGAGGCACGAAAACUGGUGGCUUCGUUACCAGACGCGUAUCAAAUCCCAGCUGAUGCUCAAACAUUUACGUAG